AUGGCGGCGCUGCAGGCGGAGCGCGGCUACGGGCUGUCGUGCGGGCGGCUCGGCCGGGGCACGCGCCUCUCUGUCUUCCACCACAUCACGAUUCCCAGGCCUGACUGCCCAACAGAAGUGCGAACGUUUACGUUUUACCUUUCAAAUAUUGGCAAGGACAGCCCCCAGGGGAGCUUUGACUGUAUCCAGCAGUAUGUAUCCAGCAGUGGGAAUAUCCAGCUGGACUGUCUUGGAAGCAUACAGGAUAAAAUCACUGUGUGCGCUACUGAUGACUCCUACCAGAAGGCAAAGGAGAGCAUGGCACAAGCUGAGGAGGAAACUCGCAGCCGAAGUGCAAUAGUCAUUAAACCUGGAGGGCGAUACGUGGGCAAGAAGGUUCAGGUGCGUAAACCUGCACCAGGAGCGUCCGAUGCUGUUCCCUCAAGGAAGCGUCCAACACCAAUCAACCUUGCCAGUGCAAUAAAGAGAGGCAAUAGUGCGAUUUCUCAGAGACCCUUCAGAGAUAGGGUUAUGCACUUACUGGCACUAAAGCCCUAUAAGAAACCUGAACUUAUUCUCAGAUUGCAGAAGGAUGGACUUUCCCAGCAGGACAAGGAUUUGCUGGACAGCUUCCUGCAACAGGUGGCAAAUCUGAGUGCCAAGGACAGCACUUUUACAUUGAAAGACUGCAUGUACAGAGAGGUGCAGAAGGACUGGCCUGGCUACUCCGAAGGAGAUCAACAGUUACUGAAGAGGAUACUUGUUCGGAAACACUGUCAGCCCCAGAACAGCAGCAGCCUUCCAGCAGAUGCUUCUUCCCUUAGUCCGCCAAAAGACCACGCAAACUCUGCGUCGCCACCGCAGGUGGGUGGCAAACCGCUGGGAUCGAAACGCUCCCAGCCCCUGGAGUUCAUCGAUCCACCAGCUAGCAAGAAGUCAAGGAUAUCACACCUGGCCCACAGAACUCAGCCCACUUUCAAUGGGAAACUCAACUCCAAUGGGAAAGAGGCGCCUGCUCCAGCCAUGCCAUCAGCUGCAGCUGAUUCCACUGGCUCCAGCUCCCACUUGCCCGUGUUGGAGCUGCCACGGCCUCACGACCCCCUUUCGGAUGUCAGCAAUGACCUGAGUCACAACGGCAGAGACUGUGAGAACCCUGAGGCAGCUGACAGACUGACGAAUCUUUUGUCAACAGACUGUGCCCAAACCAGCAAACUCCCCUCUAGCUCCUUGCACGUGAAAAGCAAGAAAAAAUCCAAAAAGCACAAAGAGAAAGAGAGAAAAGAGAAGAAAAGUGAUGAGAAGUGCAAAGAGGAGAAGCAGGACUGUGAAGCAAUCAAGAGUGCUGGCUUAAUCGGUGCCCCCCAGGAUGUCCCAGGCUUAAAUGGAACAUGCAAUAACUCUACUGUACCAACGUUAACUUCAGAAAUGCCUGAUUAUUUAUUAAAAUACGCGGCCAUUUCCUGUUUGGAGCAGCGUCAGAGCUACAAGAACGACUUCAACGCAGAGUACAAUGAGUACAGAGACUUGCACGCCCGGAUAGAAAGGAUAACCCGCCGAUUCACACAGCUGGACUCGCAGCUAAAGCAGCUUUCGCAGGGCUCGGAAGAAUACAAGACUAUUCAUGAUCAAAUUUUACAGGAAUACCGGAAAAUUAAAAAGACGAACCCGAAUUACAGUCAGGAGAAGAACCGCUGCGAAUACCUCCACAACAAACUGGCUCACAUAAAAAAAUUGAUAGCAGAGUAUGACCAACAGCAGUUUUAGUCCUGGCUUUAGGAUCUGGACAGGGAAGGGUAAAAACAUUGAUCUGGACAUUACUGCCCGUUCCACAACAAGCCGGGAUUCCUUUUGGAGAGGAGCACUAAGGCCUCAUAGCUGGAAGAACUUGGGCAUGAUUUGUGAUGGCGAAUUGGUCCGAGCCAGGGAGCAGUGCCUGGCGUGGUCCUCUCAAGUUUCCCCUCUCCAAACAUUGGAAUGUACAAAAGGAAAAUCUGCUGUUUUUU